AUGGCCAACAACAACAACAACAACAACGGCAACCAGUCCGGCGCAAACCAAGGACGACUGCUUAUAAUACUAAUGUUAACAACUAUAUGGAACUUUAUAGACUCCUAUCCCUACAAUGCCGCCCCCUCCAGCAAUGUCGUGUCUACCUUUAUGAAUGAUGUCUUCGCGCCAGCCGCCGCAACCCGCCCGCAGGCCGCCUCUCGUGCCAUAGCCUCUCUGUAUGCCUCUGUCGAAGGCCACGGCCGGCACCUGCACGCCCAGCUCCGUGAGAACCCCGACGUCGCCGCCAAGGACAUCAGAGCAGAGCGCGCCAAUGCGACGCUCCAGGACCGCUGGGAGCCGCACCCCUGGGUCCCCGUUGCUUAUGCUCCCAGGCCCCCGAUCGCCCCCCUCAUUAUUCGUAAAAUGGCUUGGAUUACCGACAAGGUACUCUCCCGCCCCGGCGCCACCGUCGACGACCUCGCUGCCCUCUGGGCCGGAUCUCCGCGAGACCCAGAGAAUGCCGGGCUGCUGCUGCGUACCCUGGUCACCUCCGGCGCCUCCAACCUCACCAAGACUGUGGCUGUCCAGGCCGCCAAGCUCCUCGAGGCAGAGGUGGAGGAGGCCGACGAAGAAGCCGAGAUGCUGCGGCUUGUUCAGAAUGCCGAGGAGCAGCUGCGUCAGCAGCAGGAAGAGGAAGAAGAAGAAGGGGAAGAAGAGACCGAAGGCAGCCGCCGCUACAACGAGGCUUUCAUUAUGCACAGUGGCAACCAGGACAACGACGACAACGACAGCUUCUUCGGCUAUGAUGCCGACGGCCCCAACAACGAUGAGCCUGCGCGCCCCCAGACCAGCCCUCUAAUUUCCCACCCCUUCCCUGGCCCCAACUCCAACGAGGACCCCUUCGGUGUCUCGCCCUGCGCCCCUGUUGCUGUCCGCCCCAGGCCCGAGUCCGACUCUGAGUCUGACGCCCCGCCCCGCCAACGCCGCCGUACCGCAACCACCGUCUCCUCCGAGUCCGAGUCCGAGCCCGAAGCUGUCCCCGACUCCAAUGCGUCUUCCUCGCCUGCACCCGCGCCCGCCAGCCGCGCCCGCCGCGUCCGCCGCGCCCGUCGCCCCAGACCACCCGCCGCCGACCAACAAGAGGAGAUAGAAAGAAUCGCGGAGAGUAUUUAUAGAAGCACCAUGUCCCAGCUCAGGCAGGGAACUUUUACAAGACGCAUGCCGCUGGCCGACCGCCGGGAUAUCGCGUGGCGCGCGCGCGCCGGUGUUCUCGACGCCGCAGCCGUCCAGGACGAGGGCAUUGUCGAGCCCAACAAUGAGCCCCGCGCCGGCCAGACAUUUGAAGACUACCUGGAUUCUGAGGACGAUGAGGAGAUGCUGGCUUGA